CUUCACAGUGAAAUGUAAAACUUCCGAAAUCUCUGUGUAAACACAAUGAGUGAUGUACACACGUGAGAGAUCACUUCACAGUUUUACAGUGCAGUAAUUUUCAAGUAUAACCGGGUCUGUAAAGUAUAUUUGAAGUAUAGGAGUGGCAUAUUUUGAGUUUUGGUAUUAGUGCUAGUUUUUAGGCUAGUUUAAUUGGGCUAUUUUUGAUUGGCCAAAGGGCUGAUUUUGUUAAACAGAUCUGGCAACCCUGUUAAGACAGCAGUCCUUAUUGACUUUCAGCAGUAGUGAUACUAUACUAAACCCUCCUGCCAUCAUUAUUUAAAUUCAAGCAUUACUCUGUCAAAUUGACCAUAUCACAGCUCAAAGUCACAUUUUGUUGUGCUUGAUUUAGUCUAUUUGACAGUGAACGCAUUUAUCUCUAGUAUCUCAUGAAGUUUCAGGCUGAAAAGGUUCCACUAAAUGAAUCUCUGUUGGAGGGUAAGGGGUCAAACAGUCCUGCAACUGCUCUUAGUGAGAGAUGUGCUCUUGCAGUUGUACUACUAUGCAGCCAUGCUGGCGGAUGUGCUGUUGCGGGUCUCCUGGGCUAUAAAUAUCCUCCUGGCUCAGAUGAAGGAUUCAUCUGCGGCUGCCACUGCAAGUGCCCUGCUGGCACCACUGGAAGUCCUCAGGCGUUGUAUUUGGAAUCUCUUUCGGCUUGAGAACGAGCAGCUGAAAAACUGUGAGAAAUGUUGUGCUGUUCGUGAUUUCUGGAACAUCUGGAGGCAUCUGGAAAAGGAUCAGAAUGUGAUGUAUAAAGAUCAUAAAAAAAUUACCACACAUGGCACCAAAUGCUGUUUACCUUUCCCAAAUCAGAGGGUAAAGGAGACAAAACUGCCUGCUGGGGGAACAGAUGCAGAGAUUCGUCCAUGUAUUUAAGGAAGAAAAUCUAUCCGUAUGCAAAUGAACAAGAUUCAAAAUUUAUCUCUGAAUGUCUAGACCUCGUUGAGACAUUUCACAUGUAUUGUAUUUUCUGUAUUCAAGUAAAACUGAGCUAAUGAUUUCA